GGGACAGUUGUGCCGCGGGACAUGAAGGAGACAAAUCUUUCGCGGUUGGAUCCGUUAUGUUCCCAGAAAGAGACGCGCACAAAGGAAAACGGAACAAGAACACUGCAUCCUGUAAAGUGACUGCUGAAAGUAACCAAUGGAGAUUACCGUUUCUUCAUUGCUGAUAACUUUUUACUUUUUGCUGACACUUUUACCUGGUAAUGAUGUAUGACACCAAGAAGCAUAACUGAAGCCCUCCACCCAUCCCGCCUUGUCGGGCGUCAAAGCCUUGCACAAUAUGGUGUACGGGCAGAUCCUCCACAGAUGGGGCCCGGACGACGGCUUUAUCAACCUCAACGUGGGCGGCUACAAGCAGAAGGUGUCCCGCAGCCUCCUGCUCUGCUUCCCCAACACCCGCCUGGGACGCCUGCUCUUUUGCCGCUCCGAGGAGGCCAUCCUGGAGCUGUGCGACGACUACGGGGUGGCGGAGCGCGAGUACUACUUUGACCGCAACCCGCGCUUCUUCCUCUACGUCCUCAACUUCUACAACACGGGCAAGAUCCACCUGAUGGAGGAGCUGUGCGUGCUGUCCUUCAGCCAGGAGCUGGAGUACUGGGGCAUCAAGGAGCUGCACCUGGACUCCUGCUGCAGCAACAAGUACCAGGAGCAGAAAGAGUGCGUGGCGGCAGGCGACUGGGACCGCAGGAGCGACGACGGCCAGCAGAACCCGAUGGCUCAGGGCAGCGUGGACUCUUCCAUGGAGGAGCUGUCGGCCUUGGACAAGGACAUCGAGAUGUUCGAGGGCACCUGGUGCUCGGAGCGCCGCAAGUACGUCUGGCUGCUCCUGGAGAACCCCGGGUACUCGAGCGGCGCCAAGGUGAUCGCCAUCGCCUCGCUGAGCGUGGUGCUCACCUCCAUCGUGGCCAUGUGCGUGCACAGCAUGCCCGAGUUCCAGCAGGUGGACGCCAACGACAAGGAGAUCGAGGACCCCGUGCUGGCCGUGUUUGAGGCGGUCUGCAUCGUCUGCUUCUCCGUGGAGUUCAUCCUGCGCAUGCUGGUGACGCCGUGCCUGCGCAAGUUCUGCUGCAACACGCUGAACAUCAUCGACUUUGUGUCCAUCAUCCCGUACUACGCCACGCUGGCCUUUGACCCCGUGGAGGAGGAAAACGAGGAGCUGGAGAACGUGGGCAAAGUGGUGCAGAUCCUGCGUCUGAUGCGCAUCUUCCGCAUCCUGAAGCUGGCGCGGCACUCGGUGGGGCUGCGCUCGCUGGGCGCCACGCUGCGCCACAGCUACAACGAGGUGGGCCUGCUCUUGCUCUUCCUCUCCGUGGGCAUCUCCAUCUUCUCGGUGCUCAUCUACUUUGUGGAGAAGGAGGAGGACGAGUCGGAGCUGCAGAACAUCCCAGUGGGCUGGUGGUGGGCCACCAUCAGCAUGACCACCGUGGGCUAUGGGGACACGUACCCGGUCACGCUGGCCGGGAAGCUGAUCGGCACCCUGUGCAUCGUCUGCGGCCUGCUGGUGGUGGCGCUGCCCAUCACCAUUAUCUUCAACAAGUUCUCCAAGUACUACCAGAGACAGAAGGCGGUGGACGCCAACCAGGGCAAUAACGAGCUGAAGGUGCGCGACCCCAGCCUGCUGAACUUUCACCUUAACGACCUCUACUCACGGAAAACGCACUCUCUCCUGUCCUCCAGGAGUAGCUUGGCUAGCGAUGGCGAGGGCACGGACGCUUCCAGCAUCCGAGAUGUGGAGACGGUUUGCCCUGUUGUUUAAUGUGGGGUGAUGGGGUGGGGAGAGAGAGAGCGAGAGCAAGAGCGAGGCAUAAACCUCAGUGCAGAGAGAAAAAGACAAAACUGAGCAAAGAGAUGGAGGCCAAAAAGUAAACAACAUAAAGCACUUUUAGUAACUCAGGGGAAAAAAAGCACUCUUCUCUCAGUAUUCUUCACCGAUUGGACAAAACUGCUAAGAGUCUUCACAGAACCAGGUGAACACAUCGACUUCCCACUUAGCGGCCAGCAUCAAUAAGGUGAUAUAUAAUAUAGCCUACAGUAGGUCAUUGCUGUCAAGUCGAGAAAGCAAAUUUAUUUUUUAAAGCGAUGAUUUAAUGCUCGAUAAUUGUAUUAAUUAUUCAUACGAUGCCUGAAAGGAAAUCGAUUUGAAUGUUUCUUGGAAACGUCCGAUCAGAUGUUUGACAUGUGAUGAUGGCAUGUUAUUGCAUUCUUCUUAACCUUUAACACUUUGACUUUGCAUGUGGUCAUUGAAUAAAAUGCAAUCUGUAUCAUGUGCAAAUUUUGCUAAUUGUUUUGAAUGAUGGCUCUCUACAUAAGUAGUAAUUACACUGUAAAAUGGUAUGUUUAAGCUUAGACGAGAUGGCACACUGUUGUCUUAAAGAUGUGCAAAGUCUGAGAAUGCCACAAAAAUCAGCUGACUCAAUGAUGAGUUAUGAUUGUCCUCUGUAGGAGAGUGGCUCUAAACUGCUUAACUGAGUUUUC